AAAAAAGGGUUUUUUGUUUUUUGCUUCUUUUAAGGAAGAAGAUAGUAAUUUCAGAACUAGGAGAGCUCAUGCCUGUAAUUCCUGCACUUUGGGAGACCAAGGCAGGAGGAUCACUUGCUGCCAAGAGUUCAAGACCAGCCUGGUUAACAUAGGGAGGAUUGCUGAGGCAGGAAGUAUCAUGUCACUGCACUCCAGGGUAACAGAGCAAGACCCUGUAGCUAAAUAAUAAUUCCACUUUAUUCUAUUUUUCAUUGUUCAAAUAUUUUUAUAUAAUUCUGCAUUGUUCUGUAUGUAGAUCCUAAUGUUAAAAUUUUACACCAUCAUAAAUGAACAGUAAAGGUAGGAAGGAGUUUGGCUUCAAUAACUUAUAGUAAAAGGAGUAAAGGAGUUCUAAAUUGUCAAUCUGUUACAUUAUGAAAAAUAAUUCAGGGUUUAUACUUAAUGGAUGUCAUCCCUUAUUAAAUACUAUUUUCUCAGUCUAAACAAUCUUUAUUAAAAUAACCAAUGAUACAUGACAUGGGCCUAAGAAAUAUAUAGUUAGCUAACUGACAAUAUUUCAGUUUGAGGGAUUUCUAUUUUAGAUUAAGUACAGAUUUCUUCAUCAAACUCCAGAGUAACAGACAAGAGGUCAUAAAAUUUGGACAUAGUCUCUGGAUAAACAAAUGUAAAUUUAUAAAUCAUGUAACAGGAAACAUGAAAUUAAAGAAAAUAAAUUUUCAAGAAAAAGUUUAUGGAUAAUAAUUCUAUAACAUUGUCAGGGCAAAGUCUUUUCAUUUUAAUUUAAGGGUUUUAUGUUUGUUUUUUACUUGUUGCAGCCUCAAAGAACCAAAUGGUAUGAUGAACACUGAGAUAAUAAAUGUGCAGUUACUCUUAGCUGUUUUUCCUAAAAGUUUAAUAUUAACAAGGAAAAUUUUGAAAUGGACAAUGAAAAGACAACACUUUAUGUAUGAGUAAGAAUAUCAUGCCGUUGAUAAAAGGUAGGUUAAAAUUCACACAAAAGGAUAUUUUAACUAGCAUUCCGAAAGAGUCCAUUGAUUAUAAGAAUAUCUCUGUGCUUUUGGACCAGGCAUUACAUACUGAAUUAUGGAUAACUGUGGUUUGUGACCUAGACCAAGUCACCCAAUUUAUCUUGGAUUUUAGUUUUCUGGUUUGUGAAAUUAAGGAGUUAAGCUAAAUCACCUGGGUGUCUUUUUGUGUAUCAUAAUCAAAAUGCUGUAACUUCUCUACUGAAUUCUAGACACUGACUCUUUCAGAUAUGCUAUGAAAUACUUUAUGCUGUGAGUAGGUAUACAUGUAUAAUAUAUGUAUAGCUGUGAACAAAUUAAUUCUAAAAAAUGUACAAUGCAUUCUACAAAAUGGGCUCCAACAUUAACAAAUGCUCUAAGUUAGUCUUUUUUGGAGCUGACCAUAAACUGUAAAACAUGUUUAUAAAUACUAUCAGCAAUAAAAACGAAGUAAAAUCUAGCCAAAAAAUUCAAUGUUCCCCGAAGUCAUGUUAAUCAAAUCAGGUGAUAUAUUAAUGAAGGACUUAAGACUAAAAGGAAAAAUAUAUGUCAUUCCUGUGGUAAGAGGAAGCUGAAUGCCACUAGAAAUUUUUGCAAGCUUUAGGAGAGGAAGAGUUCAGUUUAGGAAAACAAUCGUUUCAGAUGAUCUGAAGGGUAUUGGAUGGAACCUAGGUUCAUCACAAAAGAGGACGUGAGAGACAAGAAUGAAUGCUUUCUGUCUGGUGGAGAAAUUUGAGGAUAGUCUCCCUUGCCUGAAAAGCGGUGAUUAAAAUUGGCACUUGCUUACAGGAGUGAAAAACAGAUCUUGUUCCUCUUCCCUCCGUCAUUUUGUUAAUUAUAAAUUAUGGAGGAUGAAGAUAAAAGAAUUACAUGUGAAGAUUCAGAACCAUCCAAAGGAGUGAAUCUCAUGGCCUCUAUGCAUCAAGAAACACAGGAGGAGACAGUUAUGAAUCUCAAAGGUAUAGAUGCAAAUGAACCAACAGAAGGAAGUAUCCUAUUGGAUAGCAGUGAAAAAAAGCUACAAGAAACACCAACUGAAGCAAAUCACGUACAACAACUGAGACAAAUGCUGGCUUGCCCUCCACAUGGUUUACUGGACAAGGUCAUAACAAACGUUACCAUUAUUGUUCUUCUGUGGGCUGUGGUUUGGUCAAUUACUGGCAGUGAAUGUCUUCCUGGAGGAAACCUAUUUGGAGUUAUAAUUCUAUUCUAUUGUGCCAUCACUGGAGGUAAACUUUUGGAGCUUAUUAAGUUACCUACAUUGCCUCCACUGCCUUCUCUUCUUGGCAUGCUGCUUGCAGGGUUUCUCAUCAGAAAUAUCCCAGUCAUCAAUGAUAAUGUACAGAUUAAGCACAAAUGGUCCUCCUCUUUGAGAAGCAUAGCCCUGUCUAUCAUCCUGGUUCGUGCUGGCCUUGGUCUGGAUUCAAAGGCCCUGAAGAAGUUGAAGGGUGUUUGUGUAAGACUGUCCAUGGGUCCCUGUAUUGUGGAGGCGUGCACAUCUGCUCUUCUUUCCCAUUACCUGCUGGGUUUACCAUGGCAAUGGGGAUUUAUACUGGGUUUUGUUUUAGGUGCUGUAUCUCCAGCAGUUGUGGUACCGUCAAUGCUCCUUUUACAGGGAGGAGGCUAUGGUGUUGAGAAAGGUGUCCCAACCUUACUCAUGGCAGCUGGCAGCUUCGAUGACAUUCUGGCUAUCACUGGCUUCAACACCUGCUUGGGCAUAGCCUUUUCCACAGGCUCCACUGUCUUUAAUGUCCUCAGAGGAGUUUUGGAGGUGGUAAUUGGUAUGGCAACUGGAUCUGUUCUAGGAUUUUUCAUUCAAUACUUUCCAAGCCGUGACCAGGACAAACUUGUGUGUAGGAGAACAUUCCUUGUGUUGGGGUUGUCUGUGCUAGCCGUGUUCAGCAGUGUGCAUUUUGGUUUCCCUGGAUCAGGAGGACUGUGCACGUUGGUCAUGGCUUUCCUUGCAGGCAUGGGAUGGACCAGCGAAAAGACAGAGGUUGAAAAGAUAAUUGCAGUUGCCUGGGACAUUUUUCAGCCCCUUCUCUUUGGGCUAAUUGGAGCAGAGGUUUCUAUUGCAUCUCUCAGACCAGAAACUGUAGGCCUUUGUGUUGCCACCGUAGGCAUUGCAGUAUUAAUACGAAUUUUGACUACCUUUCUGAUGGUGUGUUUUGCUGGUUUUAACUUAAAGGAAAAGAUAUUUAUAUCUUUUGCAUGGCUUCCAAAGGCCACAGUUCAGGCUGCAAUAGGAUCUGUGGCUUUGGACACAGCAAGGUCACAUGGAGAGAAACAAUUAGAAGACUAUGGAAUGGAUGUGUUGACAGUGGCAUUUUUGUCCAUCCUCAUCACAGCCCCAAUUGGAAGUCUACUUAUUGGUUUACUAGGCCCCAGGCUUCUCCAGAAAGUUGAACAUCAAAAUAAUGAUGAAGAAGUUCAAGGAGAGACUUCUGUGCAAGUUUAAAGGUGAAAAGAAUGCUGAACAUAAUGGUUAAAAAGCUGCUACUUUUUUCAAGAUGUAUAUUGAAAAAUGUAAUGUUUAAACUUAAAAUGUAAUAGAACCAAGUGUAGCCAUUUCUUUAAACAGCAUUUUUAGCCCUUACUCUUUCCAUGUGGGUGGUAAUGGUCUACGUCACCAACCCCAAUCUCUCUACCUUUUUUUUUCAAACACCCUUUAUUAACCAUUUUAAUUUGAAUAAGGACAUAUCUACUUUAAUGUACUACCACAGUUUACAGGUAACAUGGGAAACAUCAGUUUCAGUAUCCUCUUCAGCUAGGAUUACUCUUUUAACUUUCACAGUUUCAUGAUUCAUUUUUGCUCAGGCUCUGAUGCCUUGAAUUGGUUUUGGGUCUUCUUAUUUUAUUUUGUUUUUGUUGUUAAACAUCAUAAUGCCAUCUCUUAUGAAUUUCUACCCUCAUUUUCCCUAAUAAUCUGCCUCUUCUUCAUUUCUACCUCCUUCAGUACCUUUCUCUGAAUUACUGUAACUGAUUGGUCCCACCAAAAUUAUAAAGUACAUGAAGUAUCUUCAUUGGUUCAUCCUCUUGCCUCCUCUAGAUGUCAAAAAACUUUAUCCUGACCCCUAGCUGACCACCCAGGUUCUUUUAUUUCAGUGGCCUGUGUGACUCAACCUUCCCCUAAGGAGUGCCCUAAUCCAGCCCUUUUUCAAAUUUGUUUCUUAUGAUGACCCAUAUCUUUAGGUUCUUCCCAUUUCUAGGUAGGAGAUAGAUAAGUCUCAAAUCUAUGCCAGACUCAUAAAUAUUAUAUUAGGGUAAUGUGCUACAAUGAAGAAAGGAAAAAUACAGUGCCUAAAAGAAAAUAGAAUUCUGUUUCCCUCUAAUGAAA